AUGCCUCAUCUUGUGCGGCAGAACCUGCUGUUGCCCAACCCGCCCACGGUGGUCAUGCACGAUCCGCGGACCCACUUGAAGCACCUGCCACAAGCCUACAGUCCCGCCCAAACCCCACUGAGUCGGGAACGGGACUUUGCCCCGCAGGUGCGCUAUCACCUGGAGUCGCCACGAAAGCCCAAGUUUCGACCCUGCAAGGUCAUCUUUGUGGGCGACUGCUCGGUGGGCAAGACGGCCAUCGUCAAUCGUUUUUCCUACGACAAAUUCCAGUCGAACUACAAAGCCACCAUUGGCGUAGACUUUGAACUGGAAAACUUUAGUAUUCUGGGUCACAACUAUAGUCUAGAAAUGUGGGAUACUGCUGGUCAGGAGCGCUUCAAAUGCAUAGCUGGGGCUUAUUAUCGCAACGCAAGUGUGAUAGUUGUGACCUUUGACAUGUCCAAGCGAGAUACCCUGGAAUCGGCUAAAAAAUGGCUUAACAGCGCACUCAACUACAAUACCAGCCAAAAACCCUUGGUCUUUUUGGUGGGCACAAAAGCAGAUCUCUUGACAAAAGAGGAGUUUGUACGGAUAGAGCGAUUGGCCGGAGUUACAGCUGCCGAGCUUCAGGCAGAAUAUUGGUCCGUCUCAGCGAGAUCUGGUUUUAAAAUUACGGAGCUUUUUCAAAGGAUUGCUGGCCUAGCUUUUGAAGAAGCUGUAAAGCAGCUAAUGAAGUCGGUGAAAAUCAAACCUCAAGAUCAGGCCACUCAGGCACCAGUUAAAUCGCAAACAUUUGAUUUACGAAGCUUUUUUGGUAAUCGCUCUACACCUCAAAGAAGCGGAUGUGCUUGCUAGCCUUUAUAUUUUAUUGGCACAUAUUUUAAGUUAGACUAAGACUUUAA